GCCUUUGUCGGUGGGUAUUCCGCCCGAUAGCAACUCCACUCAGCCCCAGCCAGCCUUGCCGGACAGGCAGCAUGAGGCGACUAGAGUUACCAGAGGAUUCAUUUUCCUGCGGAACCAUGAAGAGCAUUUCUCAGCAUCGUUUCAUUUUCGGAGGGGGUUACCAUGUGAUGAAGGGCCGAUUGUUGACAUUGUGGGGCACGAGGCACUUGCGUGAUCAGAUACACUAAUGGUGUAGAGUAUCACCAUUGCUUUCAGCUGGUAUAAGAAGGGCCGUCUUCCUCCCAGUUGAACAGCAUCAACAGUAAUCACUUCUUCCGGAUCCUCUAGUGCCAUCUACUGCCUUCAAAUCAUCUUCAACCUCGUCUCGAAACUUCAAUAUGUCCAUCAAGAACGUUGUCAUCAUUGGGGCCGGUGGAAACCUUGGACCUUCAGUCCUGAAUGCUUUCCUGAAGAGCUCUUUCAAUGUGACGGUGCUCAGCCGCGAGGGAUCCGACAAGACCUUUCCCGACGGCGUCAAAGUUGUGCGUGCCAACUUUGAAUCGUUCGACUCUCUCAAGUCUGCUUUCCAGGGCCAAGAUGCUGUGGUCUCUCUUGUCGCGUCUCACGUAUUGGCCAGCCAGACUCAGCUCAUCGAUGCGGCCAUUGCGGCCGGCGUCAAGCGAUACAUCCCUUCAGAAUUCGGAUCUAACACAGCCGACCCGCGGAACCUGGAGGCGGUCCCGCUCUUCAAGGGCAAAGUCGACGUCCAGGACUAUCUGAAGAGCAAGGAAAAUGAGAUCAGCCGUACUGUCAUCGUCACAGGUCCAUUUUUUGACUGGGGCCUCAAGACUGGCUUCCUCGGUGUGGACGUCCAAAACAAAACAGUCAGUCUCGUCGACCAGGGCACAGCUACGUUCUCAACCACAAAUCUCCGCCAAAUCGGCAUUGCCACAGUGAAAGUCUUGGAGCACGCCGAAGAGACAAAGAACAAGGUUGUCUACGUAUCUUCGUUCGAGACCUCGCAAAAGGAGCUUCUUGAGAAAGCCGAAAAGCUUACCGGAGAAAAGUACAAGGUCGAGCAUUUGGAAUCGGCGCAGCUGCGACAAGGGGGUCUCGACAAAAUCCAAGCAGGGGAUUUCUCAGGCUUCGUCCCUCUGAUCCAGGCAGCGGUUGCUGGUAAAGCUGGUCUAGGUGACCACAGGCCCUUUGGAUUGUGGAAUGAGAAGUUGGGGUUGGAAAAGGAAGACUUUGACGAGUCUAUCAAGGCUGGUUUGAGCGGGAAGGACUACGGACAGUAGAUAACAAGAAAACCGCCUAGAAAGGAAGCAUAACUUCCUAUCAACAGAUUCAAG